UCAGCGAGUCGAUUAGCUGAGGCGUGAAUUGCAACGCACGAAACGAAUAGAAUAAAGAGAUUCAUCUGAUUCCGGAUUUGCAAAUCGAGCGAUCCCGAGUCACUGAAAGGUUUCCUAUGGCGACGGUGGGAGUGGAAUUGAAGCAGCCGGAGGCGGCACCGGAAGAGACGUGCUCAGCGAAGCCCGCCAAGCAGGGUGAGGGUCUUCGCCAGUACUAUCUUCAGCACAUCCACGAGCUUCAGCUCCAGGUCCGCCAGAAGACCCAUAACCUCAACCGCCUCGAGGCUCAGCGAAAUGAGCUUAAUUCCAGGGUGAGAAUGCUUCGGGAAGAACUACAGCUUCUUCAAGAGCCCGGAUCAUAUGUUGGCGAGGUCGUCAAAGUUAUGGGAAAAAACAAAGUUUUAGUAAAGGUUCACCCAGAAGGAAAAUAUGUUGUUGAUAUUGAUAAAAGCAUUGACAUUACAAAAAUUACUCCAUCAACCAGGGUUGCCCUCCGCAAUGACAGUUAUGUUCUUCAUUUGAUCUUGCCUAGCAAAGUUGAUCCAUUGGUCAACCUGAUGAAAGUUGAAAAAGUUCCUGAUUCUACCUACGACAUGAUUGGUGGCCUGGACCAGCAAAUCAAAGAGAUAAAAGAGGUCAUUGAGCUGCCAAUCAAACAUCCUGAACUGUUUGAAAGCCUUGGAAUAGCUCAACCAAAGGGUGUCCUACUGUAUGGACCUCCUGGUACAGGAAAGACAUUGUUGGCUAGGGCUGUGGCACAUCAUACUGAUUGCACAUUCAUCAGGGUUUCUGGUUCUGAGUUAGUUCAGAAAUACAUUGGAGAAGGUUCUAGAAUGGUUAGAGAACUUUUUGUUAUGGCCAGGGAGCAUGCUCCAUCCAUUAUCUUCAUGGAUGAAAUUGACAGCAUUGGUUCUGCUCGGAUGGAAUCUGGAAGUGGCAAUGGUGACAGUGAGGUGCAGCGCACUAUGUUGGAGCUUCUCAACCAGCUGGAUGGAUUUGAGGCUUCAAAUAAGAUCAAGGUUUUGAUGGCAACAAAUCGUAUUGAUAUCCUUGAUCAAGCACUUCUGAGACCUGGGCGGAUUGACAGGAAGAUUGAAUUUCCAAACCCUAAUGAAGAGUCUCGGUUGGAUAUCUUGAAAAUCCACUCUAGAAGAAUGAAUUUGAUGCGUGGAAUUGAUCUGAAAAAAAUUGCUGAGAAGAUGAAUGGUGCUUCUGGUGCAGAGCUCAAGGCGGUGUGCACAGAAGCUGGAAUGUUUGCUCUGAGGGAGAGAAGGGUCCACGUAACGCAGGAAGAUUUUGAGAUGGCUGUAGCCAAGGUCAUGAAAAAGGAAACCGAGAAAAAUAUGUCAUUGCGGAAGUUGUGGAAGUGAUUUGUAUUGGCUAUUUGAACACAGAGACAUACGCCUUAGGCUUGUUCCUAGGUUCUAUACUUCACGCCUUUUUCCACAGUGCUUGUAUUGCUGAAGUUGUGCAUACUCGCUCCUGAUUCGAGUUUGGCAUUUUGACUCAUCA